CUACAGUCAGCAUAUUUGAAGACCACAGUGGUUGCCGAAUGAAACGGUUUCUCUGGUUUGCUGCUGUUACAUGUGGACUUUUUACCGGUACCAAGGUAUCUGCAUGGUCAUAUCAUUAUAAUACUCAGUUAACAACAUGGGAUGCAGCUCGUACCUGGUGCCAAACCCAUUUUAUUGAUAUGGUUGCCAUCCAGAACAAAGUAGAAAAUGACUAUUUGAAUGAAAUAAUUCCUUUUAAUCAAGCAUACUACUGGAUAGGGAUUCGAAAAAUAAAUGGUAUCUGGACUAGAGUAAUGACCAACAAAGCCAUCACAAAAGAGGAAAAUUGGGCAACAGGAGAACCAAAUAGUGUUGGAAAAUUUCCAGAAGACUGUGUGGAGAUCUACAUAAAGAGGGAUAAAGACAGUGGAAAAUGGAAUAAUGAACAGUGUGGCACAAAGAAGAAAAUAGCACUGUGUUACCAAGCCAGCUGCAACACUACAUCCUGCAGUCAGCAUGGAGACUGUGAAGAGGCUAUAGGCAACUAUAACUGUACCUGCCACGCAGGAUUCUUUGGACCAGAUUGUGAACAUGCCAUCACAUGUGAGCCACUCCAGAGUCCUUCCCGUGGAUGGAUGAACUGUACCCAUGAGUUUGGAGUCUCCAGAUACAAUUCCUCCUGCAAUUUCACUUGCAAAGAUGGUUUUCUGCUGAAUGGUUCAAGGUCCAUGUUCUGCAACUCUUCCGGUGACUGGACACAGGCAGUACCUACUUGCACAGCCAUCACAUGUGAGCCACUCCAGAGUCCUUCCCAUGGCUGGAUGAACUGUACCCAUGAGUUUGGAGUCUUCAGAUACAAUUCCUCCUGCAUCUUCUUUUGCACAGAUGGUUUUCGGCUUAAUGGUUCAAAGACCAUGUUCUGCAACUCGUCCAGUGACUGGACACAGGCAGUACCUACUUGCACAGCCAUCACAUGUGAGCCACUACAGAGUCCUUCCCAUGGCUGGAUGAACUGUGCCCAUGAGUUUGGAGACUUCAGAUAUAAUUCCUCCUGCAACUUCUCUUGCACAGAUGGUUUUCGGCUGAAUGGUACAAAGUCCAUGUUCUGCAACUCUUCCGGUGACUGGACACAGGCAGUACCUACUUGCACAGCUAUCACAUGUGAUCCACUCCAGAGUCCUUCCCAUGGCUGGACGAACUGUACCCAUGAGUUUGGAGUCUUCAGAUAUAAUUCCUCCUGCAACUUCUCUUGCACAGAUGGUUUUCAGUUAAAUGGUUCAAGGUCCAUGUUCUGCAACUCUUCUGGUGAUUGGACACAGGCAGUACCUACCUGCACAGCCAUCACAUGUGAGCCACUCCAGAGUCCUUCCCAUGGCUGGAUGAACUGUGCCCAUGAGUUUGGAGACUUCAGAUAUAAUUCCUCCUGCAACUUCUCUUGCACAGAUGGUUUUCGGCUGAAUGGUUCAAAGUCCAUGUUCUGCAACUCUUCCGGAGAUUGGACACAGGCAGUACCUACUUGCACAGCCAUCACAUGUGAGCCACUCCAGAGUCCUUCCCAUGGCUGGAUGAACUGUGCCCAUGACUUUGGAGUCUUCAGAUAUAAUUCCUCCUGCAGCUUCUCUUGCACAGAUGGUUUUCUGCUGAAUGGUUCAAAGUCCAUGUUCUGCAACUCUUCCGGUGCCUGGACACAGGCAGUACCUACUUGCACAGCCAUCACAUGUGAGCCACUCCAGAGUCCUUCCCAUGGCUGGAGGAACUGUACCCAUGAAUUUGGAGACUUCAGAUACAAUUCCUCCUGUGACUUCUCUUGCACAGAUGGUUUUCUGCUGAAUGGUUCAAGGUCCAUGUUCUGCAACUCUUCCGGUGAUUGGACACAGGCAGUACCUACUUGCACAGCCAUCACAUGUGAGUCACUCCAGAGUCCUUCCCGUGGCUGGAUGAACUGUACCCAUGAAUUUGGAGACUUCAGAUACAAUUCCACCUGCGACUUCUCUUGCACAGAUGGUUUUCUGCUGAAUGGUUCAAGGUCCAUGUUCUGCAACUCUUCCGGUGAUUGGACAGAGGCAGUACCUACUUGCACAGCCAUCACAUGUGAUCCAAUCCAGAGUCCUUCCCAUGGCUGGAUGAACUGUGCCCAUGAGUUUGGGGUCUUCAGAUACAAUUCCUCCUGCAGCUUCUCUUGCACAGAUGGUUUUCUGCUGAAUGGUACAAAGUCCAUGUUCUGCAACUCUUCCGGUGACUGGACACAGGCAGUACCUACUUGCACAGCCAUCACAUGUGAACCACUCCAGAGUCCUUCCCAUGGGUGGAGGAACUGUACCCAUGAGUUUGGAGUCUUCAGAUAUAAUUCCACCUGCGACUUCUCUUGCAAAGAUGGUUUUCUGCUGAAUGGUUCAAGGUCCAUGUUCUGCAACUCUUCCAGUGAUUGGACACAGGAAGUACCUACUUGCACAGCCAUCACAUGUGAGUCACUCCAGAGUCCUUCCCAUGGCUGGAGGAACUGUACCCAUGAAUUUGGAGACUUCAGAUACAAUUCCACCUGCGACUUCUCUUGCACAGAUGGUUUUCUGCUGAAUGGUUCAAGGUCCAUGUUCUGCAACUCUUCCGGUGACUGGACACAGGCAGUACCUACUUGCACAGCCAUCACAUGUGAGCCAAUCCAGAGUCCUUCCCAUGGCUGGAUGAACUGUGCCCAUGAGUUUGGGGUCUUCAGAUACAAUUCCUCCUGCAGCUUCUCUUGCACAGAUGGUUUUCUGCUGAAUGGUACAAAGUCCAUAUUCUGCAACUCUUCCGGUGACUGGACACAGGCAGUACCUACUUGCACAGCCAUCACAUGUGAACCACUCCAGAGUCCUUCCCAUGGCUGGAGGAACUGUACCCAUGAGUUUGGAGUCUUCAGAUAUAAUUCCACCUGCGACUUCUCUUGCAAAGAUGGUUUUCUGCUGAAUGGUUCAAGGUCCAUGUUCUGCAACUCUUCCAGUGAUUGGACACAGGCAGUACCUACUUGCACAGUUGUCGUCUGCAAUGGCCUUUCAAGCUCAUCACCAAGGGCCAUGAAUUGUUUUCACCCAAAUGGAAAUUUCAGUUAUGGAUCAGAGUGCAACUUUGACUGUGCAGAUGGUUUCGCGUUAAAUGGAACAACAAAAUUAAGCUGCCUUUCAUCUGGGUAUUGGUCUGAUAGUCUACCCAACUGUGAAGGUCAAAGUUUUUCCUUUGGGAGGCAAAUUCUUUUAUACACUGCUAGUUCAGCUCUUGCUGCAGGUGGUGUUGCCCUUGGAAGUGGCCUGAUCAUAUUUAUAGUAAAACGAUUACGUAAGAAAUCAGAAGACAACUCCAUCCUCCUCCCAUAUCCAAAAAAUCCUGUAAAUACAUUUGAAAAUCCAGCAUUUGAGAACUCGUAAGAUUACUGAAGAAAUCAUGAGAAAGAAUAAAACAAAGAAAAUGAAUUAUGUAGCUAAACAGCUGCAGUUGUGUUUUUUACAUCCAUCAUAACCUGCAUGUGUCUGCAAUGGGCUUUAAAGAGGCAGAAAACACUGUGUAACCCACAAACCCCAUACAGCUGCCUUUAUAUCCAUGAAAUGUAAAUCAGUAGCUGGGGCAUGGACAAAUAAAUAAAAGUGACCUGCUUUGACCA